UUUCAGUGUCAUACGGAGUAAUUUAUUUGUGGACCGAGCUUUGUUAUAAACAUCGUUUAUUCUUCGAAAAAAAAAAAACAUCGUUUAUUCUUUCCGGAGAGUUAAACAGAAAAGCCCAUGUAAACAAUUCAUCAAAUAUCUAAUUUUUCUUUCAUAUGAUCUUUCUUCAACCCAGAAAAACAAAGAGGGGUUUUACAGAAAAAAAGGGUUUAACUUUAACACUACAAACUACAAACUACUCAUUCUUCAACAAUUUUCCGCCAUUAUCAAACCUCACUCAACAAUGGUGGUACUUAAGAAGGUAUUGAAGAAGGGUUUAGGAGAAAUGGGGUUCAACAAAGGAGGUGGUCCAGUCAAUUGGUUCCCUGGUCACAUGGCUGCUGCUUCUCGCGCCAUUAGAGACCGUCUUAAGCUCGCUGAUUUUGUCAUUGAAGUUCGCGAUUCUCGUAUUCCAUUAUCUUCGCAAAAUGAGGAACUUCAGCCGCUUCUUACUGGUAAAAGGCGUAUUCUUGCUCUCAACAAGAAAGAUUUGGCUAAUCCUAACAUUUUACCUAAAUGGAUAAAAUAUUUCGAGUCUGACAAACAAGAUUGCCUUUCGAUUAAUGCUCAUAGCAAGACUUCUGUUAAAAAGUUGCUGGAUCUUGUGGAGCUGAAGCUUAAAGAGGUCAUUUCCAGGGAACCUACACUUCUUGUUAUGGUAGUUGGGGUUCCAAAUGUUGGCAAGUCAGCUUUAAUUAAUAACAUCCAUCGGAUUUCAGCUGAACACUUUCCUGUGCAGGAGAGAAUGAAAAAGGCGAUUGUGGGACCAUUGCCUGGAGUUACUCAAGAUAUUGCUGGAUACAAGAUUGCGCAUCAGCCUAGCAUUUAUGUUCUUGAUACACCAGGAGUGUUGGUUCCUAGUAUUCCAGAUAUAGAGACAGGCUUGAAAUUAGCUGCAACCGGAUCUGUAAAGGAUUCAGUUGUAGGUGAAGAGCGUAUUGCUCAAUAUCUGCUUGCUGUAUUCAACAGCCGUGGGACUCCUAUUUAUUGGAAGAAUUUGAAUGAUCGGAAGAAAGAACUUCAGAAUGGUUCUGAGGGAAAACAUGAAUACAGCAUAAAGGAUCUUUUGCCAAACAGAAGGAAGCCACAAGAUGAUUCUGCUGUUUAUUAUAUUGAGGAUAUUGUAACAGAAGUGCAAUGUGCGCUUACCGAUUCUUUCUUAAAUUUUGAUGGCGACCUUGAAGAUGAAAACAAUAUGGAGAGCCUCAUAGAACUGCAGUUUGAUGCACUACAAAAGGCGUUUAAAAUACCACAAACUGCUUCAGAAAGCCGUGCAAAGGCUUCGAAAAAAUUUCUGACUUUGUUUAGGAUGGGUAAACUUGGCCAUUUCAUCCUUGAUGAUGUUCCUGAUGUAUGCCAACCUGUAUCUUCAACAAUUUUGUAAGCUGUUAUCUUAUUUAGAACUGAUAAACGAAUCUGUUGUUACUAUAGCAAGUGAAGAAUGAACAUUUGGUUGUUUGUCACAAUAUAUUGCAAUAGAGACCUAUGAGUUAUGAGUCAAAUCAUGGGGCAUUGUUGCAUGAAUAUUGGUAUAUACCUCUUUACAAAUUUACGUACUAUUACAAUUCUUUAUUACACCCUAC